GUAAGAGAAGAGAUGUAAACACGAGUGAGAGAGUGGCGGAAGAAAAUUGUGUUUUAAGCUUCUUUAUAUAUAAUUAUGGCCACGGGAAGUACAGUUUCGAGUGCUAGAGGUUUAUUUACGGAAUCCAAGCAACGUUUAUCUGAAAGAAUUCAAGUUAACGUAAAUAGCGCAGGAUCCCUUACGAGGCAAGUCAUUCGAGGAUCUAAAACUAAUGAAACAUUAAUGCAUACAGCUCGUAAUUUUGCAUUACAAGAAUAUGCUAUUGAAAAUUCGGAAGCUAAUUUAAAAAGGAUGCAACUAAUGACAACUCAUCUUCAAUUACAAUUGGAUUCAAUUCAAAAGAGUGUGCAAAUGAUAGAACAAGUUACAGAACAACUUCAUUACCUUCAUUGUUGAAGAUGAAGCUAAUGAGAACUUUGAAAAA